AUGCCAGCAGCAGCGAGCAACAAACGCGUCAAGAACACGCGCAUCUCGCGCCCCUUCAGUAAGAAGACCUCUCGCGAUCUCACCUCUUUCAUUCACUCAUCAAAGACUAACACAUUCACCANNGUAAUCGGGUCUCAAGCCUGGAACCUCGACCCCACCACCCAAACCAGCCCCAUCCCCGAAGGCCACACAAAAGGCUGGCGCGUCUACGUAAAAGCCCUGGACGGUGGGCCAGACCUCAACACCUGGCUCAAANAAGUCCAAUUCAAACUCCACAUGACCUACUCCGACCCCUCGCGCACCGUCGAAGCCCCCCCCUUCCAAAUCCAAGAAACCGGCUAUGGAGAAUUCGACAUCGAGAUGCGGUUAUACUUUGACUCCAGCAGCGGCGAANAAGCUCAAUACAGAAGCCAUAGAUUGAGAUUGGAGCCUUAUGGCAGUGACGAACAGCAAAAGUUGCAGAAAGAGGCGAAUAUGGUUACCAGUGAGACGUGUGAGAUUGUAGAGUUUAACGAGCCCAGUCAUGAUUUUUUCGCAAAGAUGACGGCCGAGGAUCAGUUUGCGCAUUUGCAGAAAAAGGGUGGUGGGGCUAAGGGUGGUAGAGGUGCAAAGGGAAGAGGUGCGAGGAUUGAAUAUGAGGGUGGUAGAGAACCUACUGCAAAUUUGCCGGACAGAGGUUCGGAAGCUUUGCCUUGGAGCAGAGAGCUGGAGAAGAAGAUGCUGGAUAUGUUGGCCACGGCGCAAAAGGACAUGGAUGCUGAGAUUGACAGGGNNGAGAGAAAAAGGGCUGAGGACAGACAAAAGAGACUACAGGAGAUUGCCUGA